AUGACUGGGCGAAGAUGCUGUCGUGGUUCCUAUAAGCGUAGAAGACCAUCUCUCUCUCGAUCCACAAGAGCAGAGCUACAGUUUCCCGUGAGCCGGGUGGACCGCCUCCUUCGGGAAAGACACUACGUCCAGCGCCUGAGUUCAUCCACACCCGUUUUUCUCGCUGGUGUUCUCGAGUACCUGACAGCCAACAUCCUGGAGCUGGCAGGUGACGAAGCCCACCACGACCACAGGAUACGCAUUACCCCAGAACAUGUGCAGAGGGCCGUGGACAGCAACCCGCAGCUCAGCCACCUCUUGGAUGAUGUGACCAUGCCACAGGUUGAUGAUAAGCCCCGAUCAACAAAGAACUGCUGA